GUGCAGGGAGGGGGGAGGAGAGAGAGAGGGCGUCAUAUAAAUCAUUAUACAUAUCUGUGGAGCAGGGUUCAUCUUGCAGUGGCAGACGAGACACAACACACACUCACACUCACUGAUUUCCAUCUAACAUUGUGAAGUUUUAUUGUUUUUUGGAGAAAACGACAUCUGGAUUAACUUUUUUCUCAACUGCUGUGCUCAGGAGGAAUCAUGGAUCCUAUUGUGGAAGUAGUGGCUUUUAUUUUAGGGUUCGUUGGUUGGGUGAUGGUGGGGGUCACCCUGCCGAACCGUUACUGGAAAACCUCCACUGUGGACGGUAAUGUCAUCACAACCUCCACCAUCUAUGAAAACUUGUGGAUGUCAUGUGCAACAGAUUCAACUGGGGUCCAUAACUGCAGGGAGUUCCCUUCACUGUUGGCUUUAAGUGGCUACAUCCAAGCAUCUCGGGCCCUGAUGAUCACAUCUGUAGUGCUGGGCUCGUUUGGACUGGUGGCGGCCCUGAUAGGAAUACAGUGCUCAAAGGCCGGAGGGGACAAUGUUCUUCUCAAAGGGAGAAUUGCUGGUACUGCUGGAGUCCUUUUUAUAUUGCAAGGCGUGUGCACAAUGGUCUCAGUGUCGUGGUACGCCUUCAAUAUCACUCAGGAUUUCUUUGAUCCGUUCUAUCCUGGGACAAAGUAUGAAAUAGGAGAAGCGCUUUACAUCGGCUGGUGCUCGGCCGUGCUCGCUAUCGCAGGAGGAGCCUGUCUCACCUGCUCCUGCAAAAUGGGCAGAAAGGAAAAAUACCCUUUGGCUUAUCAGUCCAGAGGAACUGCAUAUUCUGGACCGGCCCCGACAAGAAGUGUUGCUGCAAGUACCUAUGGGCGUAAUGCGUAUGUUUGAAAACAAAUAAGACAUUUCUUAAAAUAGUUAGGUAUCAUUUUUUUUUUAUCAUCUUAGGUUUUGUGAAAGAGUUAAAUAUAUCCUGGUGUUCAGUUUUACACUUUAGAUUGCGCUUUUUCUCAAUUACUUUGAAAGGCUCCAUGUCUAUUAAAUGACAUGACACUCCAGAUAUUGUCACCAAAUACAGCUCAGUUGUGUCACUUCCAUCACUGAGCCGUAUUUGGUGUCAAUAUCUGGAGUGUGUUCUGUACAAAUGAUUGUAUCAAAUGGCGUUAAAGUUGUAUAAGUUGUAAAAUACAAAGGAACCACAAACAGACUGUAGCUUGCAAUGAUUCUAUUUAUGUUUCCCUGAUGAUGCACAAAUACAUUUAGCCUACAUGCAGUCACUUAUUAAAAGGUUCCAAUCAUUUCAUAAUUCAUCCGUCUAUGUGUUUUGUACAGUUUUAUAAAUAAUGACUUUUAAAGAGAGGAGAGGAAAAGUUAUGGAUACGUUUUGGAAAAGUUGUAU